AUGGCCGUUUCUCCUAUUUCCCCGGCUAAGGAAGCUUUAUCGCCACGUGGACUUGAUCUCCGCUCAUUGGUUGGGAGAUACAUGAGCCAAGUACGUGCUGACGUGGACCUCGAGCGUCAGCCUGACGUGGAAGCGGCGGAAGGCAUGGGGGAGGUGGGAGAGGGCGGCGGAGCCGAGAUGAUGGGUGGCGGAGAGGGGGACGACGGAGGAGCAUCCGAGGGCGGCAGUGGGGGUGGGAAUAGCAAUGGCAAUGGUGACGGCGACGGCAGCGACGGCAACAAGAGGAAAAUGCGGCUGUCGCAGGAUCAGAUCUCCAUGCUGGAGCAAGUCUUCCAAAAGCACCCGAAGCUGGUGGCUCGGCAGAAGGCGACCCUGGCGGAGAGGCUCGGCGUGCGGGUGCGGCAGGUGGAGGUGUGGUUUCAGAACCGGAGGGCGCGCACCAAGGUGAAGCAGACAGAGGCGGAGCUGGAGGGGCUGAGAAGGCGAUGCCAGCUGCUGGCGGAGGAGAAUAAGCGGCUCAAGCUGCAGCUGGCUGCGAGGGAGAGGGGGGAGAGGGGAGAGAGGGGAGAGAGGGGGGGGAAAGCGGAGAAGGGGGAAAGGGAGCUGGAAAAGGAGGGGAAGAGGGGAAGAGGGGGAGGAGAUGCUGGGGGUGCAAUGAAGAGGGUCAAGUCAAACCCCACCACAAAAUCAAACGUGCACCACUCCCAGUACUAG